CCAGGAAGUAGCUCCCCGCACUGAGCAGCCGCCCUCCGGCUGGAUCGCCCGGUCUUGGGGGCCUCGGGAUCAGGACCGGGAACAUGGGGUCGGUCCCUAGAGCCUUCCUCCCUGUGAUCCUUCUUCUGUCGGCAAAGAGCUGGGGUCCAGCCAUGGCAGGAAACACAGAUAACUGUGACAAGCCACUCAUGGCUGCCCUGCCCCCAUCAUCCUUCAGCAGCUCCUCGGAGCUGUCCAGCAGCCACAGUCCUGGGUUCGCAAGACUUAACCGAAGAGACGGAGCCGGGGGCUGGACGCCGCUCGUGUCAGACAAGAACCAGUGGCUGCAGAUCGACCUUGGAGAGAGGGUGGAGGUCACCGCAGUGGCCACCCAGGGCGGGUACGGGAGCUCCGACUGGGUGACCAGCUACCUCCUGAUGUUCAGCGACAGCAGCAGGAACUGGAAGCAGUACCGGAGAGAGGAAGGCGUCUCGGGCUUCCCCGGGAACUCCAACGCGGACAGCGUGGUGCACCACAGGCUGCGGCCGCCCGUGGAGGCCAGGCACCUGCGCUUCCUGCCUUCCUCCUGGAACCCCGACGGUCGGAUCGGGAUGCGCGUGGAGGCCUACGGAUGUCCAUACAGAUCCCAGGUGAUUGAUUUUGAUGGAAAAAGUUCCCUGCUCUACAGAUUUGUUAAAAAUACCAGCAGUUCGGCAAAAGACGUCAUCUCUUUGAAAUUUAAAACCAUGCAGAGUGAUGGGGUUCUGCUCCACAGAGAGGGAAGAGGGGGAGACAGCGUCACCCUGGCAUUGGUAAAGGGGACACUCUUCCUGCUCGUCGGUUCAGGUGAUAGCUCACCCCUGUCGCCCUCUGGCCCUGGUGGUGCGCUGGGCAGCCUCCUGGAUGACCAGCAGUGGCACUCAGUCCUCUUUGAGCACUCCCACCAGCUCGUGAACCUCACAGUGGACGGGCGCUCACAGCAGUUCCGGGUGUGGGGAGACCUGAGCCAGGAGGACCUGGAUCCUGAGAUCAGCUUUGGAGGGAUUCUAGCACCUGGAAAAUCAGUGACCUUACAAGGAAAAAACUUCAACGGAUGUUUAGAAAACAUUAAUUUUAACGGAGAGGACAUCAUCGAUUUGGCUAAGCGGCACGGACCACAGAUUCUCGUCACGGGGACCAUCUCCUUCUCCUGCUCUCGGCCGCAGCCCAUGCCCAUCACCUUUCUGAGCGCCGGGAGCCACCUGGAGCUGCCAGGCACCCUGGGGCAGGACGGGGCCACCGUCAGCUUCCAGUUCCGGACGUGGAACAGCGCGGGCCUCCUGCUGUCCAGCCGGCCCCAUCAAGGCUCCGGGGGGCUCGUUCUCGCUCUCCAUGAUGGGACCCUCAGGCUGGGUCUGUCCUCAUCUCCAGGACAAGCCCAGAGUGACGUCACUGCAGGGGUCGGACUGAACGACGGGCAGUGGCAUUCGGUCUCCCUGACGGUGAAGAGGAAUCAGCUCAGGGUGACCCUGGACCACGACGGGGCCGCCAGCAUCCACGCCGCGCUGCCUGUGGGGACCGGCGCAGGGGACACCUACCGCUUUGGAGGCUGCCUCCGCCCCGGCUCCGGGCCUGAAUGUGAGGGGUCUCUCAGCGGAUUCCAGGGCUGUCUGAGACUCGUCUCCAUUAACGCCCAAGAGGUGGACCUGAUUUCAGUGCAGCGGGGGGCGCUCGGGAAUUUCAGCCACCUGCAGAUAGACGCCUGCGGCAUCCUGGACAGGUGUCUGCCCAACUACUGCGAGCACGGUGGCAGGUGCUCCCAGACCUGGACAGCCUUCCACUGUGACUGCACCAGCACCGGCUACGCGGGCGCCACGUGCCACCACCCCCUCUACGAGCAGUCCUGUGAGGCCCACAGGCACAAGGGCAGCCCCUCCGGGCUGUACCACCUCGACCCGGACGGCAGCGGGCCCCUGGAGCCAUUCCCGGCAUUCUGUAACAUAACAGACGUCCCGUGGACCAUCCUGCAGCACAACGGCUCGACCUUCACCAGGGUCAAGGGCACAGACCGGGAGAACCCACACAGGGCCACGUUCCAGUACGCAGCCACAGCAGAGCAGCUGUUGGCCACCAUCACCCGCGCUGGGCACUGCCAGCAGGAGCUGGAGUUCCACUGCAGAAGGUCUCGGCUCCAGGACGCUCGAGAUGGAACCUCUCUGAGCUGGUGGGUUGGAAGAAGCAACGAGACACACACUUACUGGGGAGGUUCUUUGCCUGAAGCUCAGAAGUGUACUUGUGGCUUCGCGGGGACCUGCAUAGAUUCCCGAUAUCAUUGCAACUGUGACGCUGACCGGGAUGAAUGGACCAACGACACAGGUGUGCUCUCCUACAAGGAGCACCUGCCCGUGAUGCAAAUCGUGGUCACAGACACGGCCCACCGGAGCUCCGAGGCUGCCUACAGGCUGGGGCCUCUGCUGUGCCAGGGGGACCGAUUGUUCUGGAAUUCCGCCUCCUUCCACACUGAGGCUUCAUACCUUCACUUCCCUACUUUCCACGGAGAGCUCAGCGCCGACGUGUCUUUCUUUUUCAAGACGAUGGCUUCAUCCGGGGUGUUUUUAGAGAACCUGGGGAUCACAGACUUCAUCAGCCUCGAACUGCGCUCUCCGGUGGAGGUGACCUUCUCCUUCGAUGUGGGAAACGGGCCCUGCGAGGUCACCGUGCAGGCACCCACUCCCCUCAAUGACAACCGGUGGCACCUGGUUCGAGCCGAAAGGAACGUGAAGGAGGCGUCACUGCAGGUGGACUGGCUCCCACGCGGGACGCGUGCUGCCCCCGAGGACGGGCACAUGCUCCUGCAGCUCAACAGCCAGCUCUUUGUGGGGGGCACGGCCACCAGGCAGAGAGGGUUUCUGGGAUGCAUUCGGUCUCUGCAGUUGAACGGAGAGACGCUGGACCUCGAGGAAAGAGCCAAGGUCACUCCAGGAGUGGAGCCCGGCUGCCCAGGACAUUGCAGCACCUACGGACACUUGUGUCACAAUGGAGGGCGAUGUCGAGAGAAGCCCCGUGGAUUCUCCUGUGACUGUGAGCUCUCGGCAUUCACAGGGCCCUUCUGCUCACACGAGAUUUCUGCCUACUUUGGACCUGGGUCCUCCGUGACUUACAAUUUUCACGAAUAUUAUCCGUUAAGUACAAACUCCAGCCCUCACGCUGCUUCGUUCCAGGGGGACGUGACACUAACCAGAGAGCUGAUCACAUUCAGCUUCCGCACAGCCCAAACCCCGAGCCUGCUGCUCUAUGUGGACUCCUUCUAUGAGGAAUACCUGUCAGUUAUCCUUGCCAGAAAUGGGAGUUUGCAGAUUAGGUACAAGCUAGAUUUACAUCAAGAUCCUGAUGUUUUUAACUUUAAUUUCAAGAACAUGGCUGACGGGCAGCUUCACCGCGUGAAGAUUAGCAGAGAGGAAGGAGUGGUCUUUGUAGAGGUGAACCAGAAAUCCCGGAGACAAGUGAGUCUGUCCUCGGGCACGGAAUUCAACGCUGUCAAAUCCCUGGUGCUGGGCAAGAUUUUAGAGCCCGGCGGCCACGUGGACGCGGAGACGGCGCGGGCGGGCGCGCGGGGCUUCUCCGGCUGCCUCUCCGCCGUGCAGUUCGAGCGCGCGGCCCCGCUGAAGGCUGCGCUGCGCCCUGGGCGCCCCGCGCGCGUGUUGGUGCGGGGUCCGGUGGCGGCGUCCGACUGCGGGGCCGGAGGCGGGGACGGCGCGGCGCGGGAGCGCACGCACGUGCGAGCAGAACAUUCCGGAGUGAUGGAUGAGGGGGAGCCCAUGGCUGACGCGACCAGGGGAGACUCUGCAGUGAUUGGAGGUGUCAUAGCUGUGGCGGUAUUUGUCCUGCUGUGCGUCGCUGCCAUAGCCAUCCGCCUUUAUCAGCAGAAGAACUUGUACUCAACCAAGGAGGCAAAGCCACCAGAGAACCCAGUCCAUGCCCCAACCGGGCUCCGGUGUGAGCUCAGCCUGCAGAGCGCGGUCUGCGGAAACCAGAAGGAGUACUUCUUCUGA